CCUGAAAAAACAUAUAUACUAGUUUGAUGCUAAAAUAAAAUUCCGAUUCCGUCCGCCGCUAAUAAACCCUAAUAAGCUUGGACUGUUAAUAACUUCACUCAGUACCGGAAGGUACUGGCUUGGCUAAGGUAGGGCCAGUUUGAAUAUUUUGCUCAAACUCAAGCGUUUUCUAGGGUUUUUUCUGCUGAAAACGACGUGCCCCAUUCUUGUCAACAAACGUGGCGCGCUUCUUAACAUAAGCACUUACAAUGGCGGAUUCUGAGCGAAUCCAAAAUCCGUGGAUGGCUUCGGAGCAAACUGCAAUUGAAAUGAACGCCGAUUCCAGGGAAUGCUCUUCUCUUCCUCAUCCGCCGCCGCUAAAAUUAUCUAAUUCUGAUCAAUUGGGAAUCGGAGCACGAGCUUUCUCCGCCGCCGGCGCCGCCUUCCUCUCCGCCAUCAUUGUCAAUCCCCUCGACGUUGCCAAGACAAGGUUGCAAGCACAAGCGGCAGGGGUCGCGUAUUCCCAUCCACUCAGUAAUAUGACCAGUAGAAUGGGUUGUUUUGGGCCAAAUAUGAUAUUUGCCGAUUUAAGAUGUUCACCAUCAUGCCACCGGGCUGGAUUCCAGGGCACAGUGUCCAUUUGUCCUCCUGAGUGUUUUCGCUACAAAGGAACACUAGAUGUCAUCUACAAAAUUAUAAAGCAGGAGGGAUUUUCUAGGCUAUGGAGAGGCACAAAUGCUGGCCUGGCUCUUGCAGUACCAACUGUGGGAAUUUACCUUCCUUGCUAUGACAUACUCCGCAAUUGGUUGGAGGAAUUUACAGCUAAAAAUGCACCAACCACAACUACUUAUGUACCUCUAGUAGCUGGUUCAUUGGCACGCUCUCUAGCUUGUGCUACUUGCUACCCUAUUGAACUUGCUAGAACUCGUAUGCAGGCAUUUAAAGAGACUCAAAUUGGUAAAAAGCCUCCUGGAGUGAUCCAGACUCUGCUAGGUGUUGUCUCAAAUGUCAAGAGCACAAACACGCCACAGAACAGCUUGCAAGGUUAUCGUGUUUUGUGGACUGGCAUGGGGGCUCAACUUGCCCGUGAUGUACCCUUCUCUGCCAUAUGUUGGUCAACACUUGAACCAACUAGAAGAAAACUUCUUGGUUUGAUUGGAGGUGAUGAUGCCAAUGCAUUGAGUGUUCUUGGGGCAAAUUUUGGAGCUGGGUUUGUUGCAGGAACUUUAGCAGCUGGAGCCACAUGUCCACUAGAUGUUGCAAAAACUCGAAGGCAGAUAGAGAGGGAUCCUGUUAGGGCAUUGAAAAUGACUACAAGACAGACACUGAUGGAGGUGUGGAGAGAUGGAGGUUUGAAAGGAUUGUUUACGGGUGUUGGUCCACGAGUUGGUCGAGCAGGCCCCUCCGUUGGAAUUGUGAUUUCAUUUUAUGAAGUUGUAAAGUUUGUUCUACAUCAUUAGUACACAGCAUCAUCAUGAUUUUCUGCACACUUUUUUUGCUGACAAAGCAGUUUUUAUUCAGAACCUCUGGAGAUUGCGAGCAAUUUUUUUUGGAAUGGGAAUCAUUCCAAUCCAUCCUGGCCAUAAACUAACAUAAUUGAAUAGGAAAAUGACCGGCAUAGGACACACUUAGGUUUUUUGAGCUGUUUGUUAUUAUUAAUGUUUUUUCUUUUUGCUGCUUUUGACAAGCAGAAAUUUUGUUACACUUGGGAUGCUCCCCUGAACUAUAACUGAAUAAAUAAAAAUAUGAAUAAAUUGAGUUCUUUACCUCCCAAAAA